UACACCGCAGCACAUUCUGUUGUCGAAUUUUAAACUGCUUAAAAUGGAAUGAGUUUGGUUUCAAGAAAAUGCGUCUUUUAUUAUUGAUAUCGUCGAGACCUCAUGAUAGUUGUUUCGUUUGAGUUAUAUUUUGCAUAUUAUGGUUUAAUUAUUUUGGCGAAUUGAAGUAAAUUGGUGAUGAGCGUAAUGUAAGACACAUGUAAUGAUAUCCACGAGUUCCAGCAAGGUCAAGUUAAAGACUUCUGAAUUUGAUGAAAUUGCUGUGGAAGAAAACGAUGACAGUAAAGUUAAAAGUGACAGCGUGCGGGAAAGAACAAGUUCUUUCAACUCAGAGGAUUCAUCAAGUAGUAAAAAUCCUAUUCAUACCAUUGUUAUUUGUCAACGAGAUCGUCUUGACAGCAGGUUCAAAUCUCGUGGUCGUUUGAGGGAUGAGUAUCCAAUGGCUCGUGGUAUUGGGUCUAGAAGAGGUACCAGUGUGCGGCUGCGUGGGGGCGGAAGCAUGCCGAGAAAAUUAGAACGAGAAAAUGAACUUAACUCUAGCUACCGUGGGAAAUUUUAUAAUGAUGGAGUGUCCAAAGGAAGUUUUGACUCAGGGUUCUCUUCUAAGUUCUACUCCGAAAACGAACGUACUAAAAAUAAGUUGGAUUUUGGGUUUAUGGUGCCUGAAGAUUCAAGGAUUUCGAAACUUCUCCGGAAACUCUGUAGAGAAGGUGAUCCAGAGAAAUCUGUUUCGCUUUGCAAACAAUUGCAGGAUAGUCUUAUGGUACCAGAGAACAACCGUUACAUACGUCGCUCUUUUGACACAAUAGCAGAAUCCAUGCUGGAUAUUCUUCAUAGCGGACCAGGGUAUGAUGCUAAGUGCGAGGCUGCAAAGUGUUUGGGUCGAGUUGGUUAUGUUUUGGAACAGGAUUUCAAACGAUACAUGGAUUGGAUCUUCAUCAAGUACUCUGAAGAACGAAACGAUGUAGUGCGAAUGCUUCUUAUGAAAGCAAUGUUGGAAACUUUGAGGUUAGAGACACUGUCCCCCAAGCUGAAAGAAUUUGCAACUCCAUUAAUGAAGCAGUUGCAAUCGACACUGGAGUACACAGAUCAUCCAGAGAUGCUCAUUGGCACAGUGGAUGUAAUCAUUGCAUUGCAAGAAAUAUAUCCAGAAACUUUCACACAGUAUUUCAGAGACUGUGUGGACAUCCUGGUGGGCUGGCACCUGGACGGCAGCCAGUCGCCGGCCGUGGCACGCCACGCCCUGCACGGCCUCCGGCAGCUGCGCAGCUACUGGGUCGCCGACCUGCAGUUCUCCCUGACCCUGCUGCAGCAGUUCGUCGAGGACAUGGAGGUGUGCGGGGACGACCUGGAGCGGGCGGACGGUCGCCCCAACUCCCCCGCCGGCGACCAGCCCGCCCCUUCCGUCCACGACACGGUGCUGCGCCUGACCAAGCUGGUGACGGUGUUCGACACGGUCGUGGCGACGCUCGGCCCGCACCUGAACCCCGCCUCCUCUUCUGCCGUGUCCUGGGCGUUCCUCGCCGACAGCCUGUGCAAGAUACUGGCCACGGUGAUUCAGGCUCUUGGCGUGGUGGUGUGGGAAGAGCUGGUAGUGGCGACCAACGAGUGCAGCUGCCUCCUGCUCGCCCAUUUGCAGUCCAGGACCUCCGCGGCCAACGACCACCUCUACGAGCUGAUCCACCUGCAGCUGGCGCUCGUUCCUCAGCUCAGUGAUGUGGUGCUGGUCACCAUGUUGAGGCUCGUGGGGAAGACUGUCCGUGAAGUCAGUGCUAACCUGCCCCUUGAACUGGUUCAGAAGCUAUUGGGUCCGGGAUCAUCGCUUUUGAGUCUGAGAUUUUCACCAUCUUUUACCAUUCAGAACGAAGUGGUGGGUGUGUACCAAAGUUUCCUUAACCUCAAGAACAUUAAUUUGCUGCAAGAAACAUACAGGUAUGUGUUGGGGGAUUUGGAGAAAGCUUACAAGCUCGUGGUGCCGUCUGUGGAAUUGAAUGCUGCCAAUCCACAUUCUAGUACAGAGUACAGAAUAGAAGAUGCAGAGAUGGUUAUAAUGUUUCACCUUAGAGCACUUGCUGAUCUAGCAAAUGCAAGCAAUUCAAUCAUUGGAAUGUGGGCCCUGCAACCCAGUAUAUUUGAGUUGCUGGCAGUGAAGCUCACCCCGUACCACCCUGACCUGGCGGCCUUCAGCCCGGCUCUACAGUACAGCCUUCUUUUUCUGCUGUACAGUCAUUGCACAAGGUCGAGUCACUUUGUAUCCAGCAGCAGCCUUGUCAGCACCAAGCAAGGCAGUUCCAGUGUUCGCGAACUGCUGUUCCUGAAUGUGACUCUGGGAUCCGGCGCUCCCACUGCAUCGCCGACCUCUGGCCACCUGGCGGUCAUUCUCAAACUGCUGGCCACCUUGAUAGAGCAGCAGGAUGAGUGCUUGGAGAUCAAGGAGCUGGUUCUGGCCUGGACCAAGGAGGUAUUCAUGCUGGCACAGCCGUACCUCGGGCUGCUGCUUGAGACGCUCGAGUGUCGGGCCGUCCUCGCUGCCGUUGUACGGGCCGGCCACACCACGGAGCCUGUCAUCGUGCUGGGCGUCCUGGGGAACCUGCAGCAGCUGCUGGGGACGCCUGACGUUGAGUGGCAGCCAAAGCUAUUGUCUUCAGUAGUGGAUCUUUGCAUAUUUCACUUAAACUUCAAUAAUGCCAAAGUCAGACAUAGUGUAUUCAGCAUUAUAGCCUCCAUUCCGUGGCAGAUUACGUUGGCACAACUGAUAAGUGCAUCAACAAACACCACUAACUUCAAGGACACACCUUUACACGAGCUGAGUUCGUUUACCCAGGAGACUGUGGUGACAGCACAGAGGCACCACCUCAUGAGGGGGUCGUGUGGUGAAAUGCAGCCUUAUCAUUUCCGCAAAUUUAUGGGUUACCUUUUACAGGCUCUGCACCACAGUGGGGACUGGCUGGUUGGCCUGUUCUAUGGCUGCUGGCCCGUGCUCCUGUCGCAGUGCGCAGAGGAGGAGCUGGCCGCCAGCACGUUCAGUCGUGUUGCCUCCGUGUCCGACUCGGUCCUCUUGCUGUGGGCCACCUGGGAGGCGGCCCAGCUGUGCGUCAUGUACAAGCUACGCACACCUCUUGGCAAGCCCCAGGAAACUUUCACCAGCAUAGAAGGUGUAAUAAAGAGCUUAGCUCGCGAGAUUAGUCAUUUUGGUGGUGAUGACAACUCCGUGGUCGUCAAAGCAGAGCAACCUCCAAUCGAAGGCCACCCAGGCACCUGGGAACAACAGAGGAUCCGUCUGUUAUUGGAGUUUUUGGAACACUUGGAGAAGGUUAUAUAUAAUGCUUCUGAUGGCUGUGCAUUGGCUAUGCUGCCUGCUCCUAAGCCUGUUCGCACAUUUUUUCACACCAACAAGAGCACCUGUGACGAGUGGUUGUCUCGCAUACGCAUAGCAGUUGUUGUUGUGGCACUUCACGCGGGCGAAGCAACCAUGGCCAUUCGUAAUGGACAGUGCUUGCUUCAGGAUCUUGUGGAAGCACACAAUCUCCAGGGUGCAGAGUUUGAAAGGGCAGUAAUGUAUUUGUGCUGGGCCUAUUGCAAACUGAGAGAACCAGAAGCCAUAUUAGGCUUGUACUGGUGGAGCAAGGAGGUGUCUGGGAGGAAGUUCCCGUGGCUGAAGGCAGCUGCGGAGCAGGCGUAUGGGAAGUACGAAGUUGCUACAACUAUUUACUCCUCUUUGCUAGCUGCAAAAGAGUUUGUUCUGAGUUCUGAACCUGUGGGUACUGAUGGGGAAGAAGAGACAAGCUCUACUGGUCAGAAACCUGGAGGGAAAUUUGACGGUGAAUUGCAUGUGACUGGAUUUAUGGCUGAUCAGUUGGUGGAGUGUUAUAAAGCAUUGAAUAACUGGACAGAUAUUCAGAAAUGGAAGAAAAAGGAAGCUGCUCUUUGGACUAAUCAGAAUGGAGAAACUGCGCAAAGAUACCUGCUAAACACAGUUACUGCAGAGCAAGCAAAGCUGUACGCUCUGUUCGGGAAGGAUGACCUAACUCUGGCCAGCGAGUUGUCCAAGUGGCCUGCUGCAAACAGCGGCGGCAUGUCAGCCCAGGACGGUUCCACACCCAAAUGUUGGAGCAGUUACAAGAUGAUGGCCCAUGUACAGAACACUCUUGCCAUCACUGCCAUGAAAGUUGCUGUUAAAGAAGAUGCAGAUGCAGAUGCAGAUGUUUCUGAAACUAAGGCCAGAAUAGGUGCUGUACAGGAAUGUGUAAAUAUAAGCCAGUACCACAUGAAAGAAGCGAUGCGUCAUCUUCCGUCAGAAUUUCUAUUGGAAUCGGCCGUAACGUAUAACGCAGCGUGCAACGUGCAGCACUUGCUCCUCGGCAAGCCUUGUCGCUCUGUGAAUGUCCUGAGUGAAAGUGAUCUCAGCAUAGAAGGCUUGACGUCGGGGCUGUUGAACUACGUCCUGUGGUGGGCCAGAUACUUCCAGAGGGUUUCGGUGGAUCUGGGUGUGAACACCUCUCGCCUGCAGCUGAACACGGCGAGGGCAGCCCGCAAGGAAGGCAACUUCAAGCUGUCGGAGCGACUGCUGCUGGGGUACGUUGACGGCGAGGUGCUCUCGACCAGCUGCGAUGACACUCACGGCACGCUGGAGGAGGUGGCUCGAGCCGUGGUGGCGUCGGGCAGUGACUCCCUGGCCCUCAGCCUGGUCGAUCCGUGGAAAGUCAAGAGCCUCACUGAGGUGGCUAAGCUCUUGUUCAGCUUGGAGAAGCUGGACGCCGCGACGCAGGUGAUGGUGGUGACAGCCCUGAGCCUGUCGGACGCUGGUUCUCAGCUGGCGGAGAAGCGGUCGCGCUUGCUGCUCUGCCUCGCCAAGUGGCUGCAGCAAGGCAUGCAGGUGUCGCAGGACAGCGAUCUCAACCCAGUCAGGAAACUCAUCGCUUACGAGCAGUCUUUUGUAUGCGCAGAUACCACUUUGUUUGAUGCGCACAUGGCCACAAAGAACGGCACGCAGGUGAUUCCCAGCAAUGACCUGCUGGUGGGCCAGCUGCUGCAGGCAUCGGUCUCGGCGUGUCCCUCACUGGCCAAGUCCUGGCACCAGCUGGGGGCGUGGUGCUAUCGCUGGGGGCGGCGGGUUGUGGACGCUGCCAUCGAGGCAAACGACCAGCUGUCUAGCAGCGAGCGGGCCGCCGUCACCAGCUCCCUGCCUCCGGGAACGUCCAAGGAAGAUGCAGAUGUCGUGUGUUCCAUCCUCAGCCAGACCAGGGCUGUUUCUGACGAGGAGGACAUUGAGGCUGAAUAUUUUAACACAUCAGAAAUGAUACAAAGCCAACUACAGAACGUGAAUGCUUUGCGUGGAGCUUCAGCAGAGCAGUUGUGCUAUCUGGUGGACAUAUGGCGAAAUGCUCAAAAAAGAAUGUACAGCUACUAUGAGCUGUCUGCUGUUGCUUAUUUUAAAUAUCUUGAGUUGUACGGCAAUAAAGAGAGUGUAGAUGAGGCAGGUGAUACCAUCACGAUAAUGGCCACGUUGCGCCUGCUGAGACUCAUCGUGAAGCACGCCCUGGAACUGCAGUCCGUGCUGGAGUCGGGCUUGGCGUCGACCCCCACUCGUCCGUGGAAGGGGAUCAUCCCGCAGUUGUUCUCCCGCCUCAGCCACCCGGAGCCGUACGUGCGUCGCCGCGUGUCCGAGCUCCUGUGCCGCGUCACGGAGGACGCUCCUCACCUCAUCACCUUCCCCGCCGUGGUGGGGGCUGCGACUGGAGGGGCACGGCUCAGGGACAUGGCAAUGACAUCGUCUACCUCUCGGUUGUUCAGCACGUGCUGCUUGUCUCAGCAGUCGGAAGAUGCGGAAGGGGAAGAGUUGUGCGUGGAGGAAGACGAGCCGGACAAUGAAGAGGAUGAAGAAGAGUGUUUGAGUGAGGAGGAGGGUGCCCAGGCACAUGUGCUGAAGACAUGCUUUCUCGCUAUGGUGGACACACUCUCCAAACAGACGCCUGAAGCCAUCUCGCAAGUGCAGCUGCUGGUGCAGGAGUUGCGACGCAUCACGCUGCUGUGGGAUGAGCUGUGGCUCGGCACGCUGGUGCAGCACCACGCGGAAAUAUCACGCCGACUGGCACAGCUCGACUUGGAGGUGGCCAAGGUUGAAGACAACCCCUCUCUGUCGUCCUCCGAGAAAGACCACCUCAUUGCGGAAAAGCACAGAAUCAUACUGAAACCUCUGGUGUUCAUUUUGGAGCAGUUACAUGCCAUAACAUCUGUAACACCAGAGACACCACAUGAGAAAACAUUUCAAGAAAAAUUUGGUAGCAGUAUAACGGAAGCGCUGCACAAGCUAAAACACCCUGCGAACCCCAGGAAGCCACACGAAUCCUGGCAGCCAAUGAAGCAGCUGCAGUCUCGGCUGCAGCAGCGUGCUCAGAAGCGGUCGGCCUACUCCAUACGCAUGUCUGAUGUGAGCCCGGCUCUGGCGGGCCUGAAGGACACGCUGAUCGCCAUGCCAGGCAUCUCUUCUACGGGGCGCAUCAUUACCAUUGCAGCAGUGGACAACAACAUCGCCAUUCUGCCCACCAAGACUAAACCAAAGAAACUCGUGUUCCAUGGCAGUGAUGGUCAUAUGUACACGUAUCUCUUCAAGGGCUUGGAGGACUUGCACUUGGAUGAGCGUAUCAUGCAGUUCCUGAGCAUUGCCAACACGAUGAUGUGGCAGAGUGGCAGCAGAGGGGCCAAGUACCGAGCGAGGCACUACUCGGUCAUUCCUCUGGGGCCGAGGAGUGGCCUGAUCAGUUGGGUGGACGGUGUGACUCCGCUGUUUGGUCUCUACAAGCGCUGGCAGCAACGAGAAGCUAACUCUGCGUACCUCAAGGGACAGACCACAUCCAGCGGGCAACCAAGCAGUGGCAACAGUGCUGCUGUGAUGAGACCCUCGGAGCUGUUCUACAGCAAACUGACUCCAUUGCUGAAAGAGAGGGGGAUUGCCAAUUUGGAUAACCGCAAGGAGUGGCCACUCGCUGUGCUCAAGCAAGUGUUGACAGAACUGAUGGAUGAGACGCCCAAGGACUUACUGGCCAAAGAGCUGUGGUGCCACAGCACUAACGCCGGCUCCUGGUGGCAGACGACUCGUGCCUACUCAUACUCGGUUGCCGUAAUGUCGGUGAUCGGCUACAUCAUAGGGCUGGGCGAUCGCCAUCUGGACAAUGUGUUGGUGGGCCUGACGUCUGGGGAGGUGGUUCAUAUAGACUACAAUGUGUGUUUUGAAAAAGGAAAAACACUGCGUGUGCCUGAAAAAGUACCCUUCCGUAUGACACCAAACAUUAGAUGUGCCCUUGGCAUCACUGGUAUUGAGGGGAUUUUCAGACUGGCAUGUGAGCAUGUGUUGAAGGUGAUGAAGAAAGGAAGGGAAACAUUGCUGACUCUCUUAGAGGCAUUCGUGUACGACCCUCUGAUUGACUGGACACCUGGGAACGAGGCUGGCUACACAGGUGCUGUGUAUGGAGGAGGACAAACCAUAGCAACAGAAACAAAACAGAGCCGAAAGGAACUGGAAAGAGAAGUAUCUUGUGCAAUGUUCACUAUUCGAAUAGCAGAAAUGAAGGCUGACUGGAUUCAAAACAGAGAUGACAUUCUGCAGGCCUUGCCUGAACUGAUGUCCCACUUGAACAAGUGGCUGGAAGUGUCGGAGUUGAUACGGGUCAGUGAGGAGUCCCUGCAGGAUUGCCAUCAGCAGAUGGCGUUGGUCAAGGAGGCAGAGGCUUCGCCACAACAUUCACUCUUCACCCUUACUGCGAGGUAUUCCAAGCAUCGCCUGGCUCAAGAUGCCACCAAUAAGGUCAAGGCCGCUCUACGUGAGAAAAUAGAAGAGUGUGACAGACAGUUAAACUUGCACAAGCUAGCCUUGUCAUCGGUGAGAGGGCCGCAGCUGGCUAAGUGGGUGGCAGACCUUAGUCGCCCAGUUGACAAAGAUGGCCACCUGGUUUUUGACCUUGUGAAGGAGUUUCUGCAGAAUGCUGGUCAAACACCGAUGAUCACCCAGUGCGAGCAGUCAGAGUCGGAACUCUGCCAAUUGUCGCAGCAGCAGACGCUCCUGGUGCACAACUGCCUGGACCUGCUCAGCCAGUACGGCACAGUCGCCAGCAUGUACCCCGCCUCGUACCUCAACACCCACCGCUCCUUCUGUUACCGCACGUGGGCCCAGUACCUGCUCGACAACACUUCUGUGGAGAGAUGCAGAGAGGUGGUACUCCAAUUCAGUGGCUUAUUUUCACCAGAAGCUGCGACAAGCAAGCAGCAACAUGUUUUGGCAGUAUCUUACCAGCUGCAAUCAGCGUUAGCGAACGCAAAUGCCGCUUUGCAAAAGAACUUUGAGCGCAUGAAAGCAGAAGGCAUCCCGGACUCCAUCCCGCAGUUGGAGGCCAACUACUUGGAAGCCAAGAGUAACGUGGGGAAGUUCCUGCGGGGCGAGAAGUCAGUUUUGGCCCUCGAAUGUGUGAUCAUCAGAGCUCUUUGCAGCCUGAACAAGAGAUACCUGCUGAUGGAAUCAGCUGCAGCUAGUGCUGGGGACUGUCUGGUGGACCUGACGUCUCGCGAGGGGGACUGGUUCCUCGACGAGAUGCACCUCGUGUGCUCCCUGGAGCUGGAGUUGUUCUCGUUGCUGCCACUGCAUCACCAGCACGAGGCGUUGCUGUCGGCGGUGCCCAGCUCACAAGCGAGGGUGACCCUGGUUGUGCAGUGCCUGCAGUCGGCACUAAGCAUUUACAAGGGCCUGCAGGAACUGAACUACAAUUUCCACACGAUAAUUCUCCCUGAAGCACUGAAGACUAUCAAAAUGGAGGAACCAACUGUUCUUUUUAUGAUCCAAGAGUUGGAUGACAUAAUUCACUCCAUCAAUUUCCCAUUGCCUGACCUACUUGCCCAACUGGAAAUGCACCUGCGAUACAUUGUCAUGGAAAUGGAUUCCCCACAUCAAGGCUGUCAGGUGGUGGUAGCAGGCCUGCGUUCCAGGUUUAACGCAUUGCUGCAGCAGUCUACGGAAACAAAGUGUGAUAGCCACGAAGAGACUCUGACUCCGGGCCAGAUGCUGUUGAUGGGUUUCAACGGCCUGUUUGAGAAGUUGCAUGUGGAUGGCAACGUACUUGUCUCAACACUUGACUCCUUGGACACUCCUGCUUGCUGGAAGAAAAUUGAUCAAGUCCGUGAGGCCAAGACCAUGGCGGCACCAGUAUUUAAUGAUGCAACACGGAGUGUGCUGGAUGACAUUUUCCUGUUGAAACGCCUGCAGACGAUGCAGGAAUUCUUCAUGUUGUGCAGUCAGGCGGCAAGAGGCAUCAUUGUGGCCUACGAUAACGACCACUUGAGCAAGCCAAUUCGGAGGUUCACUGCAGACUACGUCAGCAGGCAGAUGCUCGGCGUGACCUCUCAGACACUUGGAUUGGCACUGUGUCUCCUCUUGCAAAGAAUUGGACUUAAUGUUACAGUGGAGGUGGAACUGCGGGACGUGGGGGCGGAGAGCAAGGUGGGCCUGGAGGAGCUGUGCUGCAAGGCGGUGAGCGGCUGCCUGAAGCGCGGCCUGGUGACAGAGACGCUCCUGGCUCAGGCGAGCGGCCUCACCAGUGCGCUCGAGGCCAGCUGGCGGCACCGCCAAGUGGCCCGCCACCUGCAGCAGCAGCUCGAGGUGUGUCGGUCGACCGUGCAGAGGCUGCAGCUGCAGUUCACCGCACACCACUGGCUGCACGAGGACUGCCUCAGCCUGCCCCUCGCACCCCUCAGCCGGUCGAGCUUCAUGCUGGAGCUGCGCAAGACGUCUUCGGCGCUGCUGGGGCUGCAGCCGCGGGUGGCGGAGGCGCGCGAGCGGCAGGGCGCGCUGGUGGCCAGCGUGGAGCAGCGCCUCAAGUGGGCGGCCGGGGCCAACCCGGCCCUGGGCGAGGUGAUGGCUGCCUUCGAGGCGGCCGUGGCGGCCCGCGCCCGGCAGCUGGACCUGGAGCAGGGCCUGGCCGCGGCCGUGGGCGGCGCCUGCGCGGCCGUGCUGCACCACGAGGCCCUGCGCACCCGCACCUCCGAGGCCGCGGCCCACGACGCCGCCUUCCUGCAGCUAGUGGAUCAGUGUGAGAAGAGCUGCUUGCUGGUGGCUGGUUGUCACCAAGCAGUUACGUCUGCGGAAGAAUCACUCGUCCAUCUUCUGAUGCCAGAGGGUCCCAUCAGCCAUGUGUGGAUACAUAAUGUGGAGGGGUUGAUUUCAGAUAUGGUCAAGUCACUCCAGCAACAGAAAGCAAGUCUACAAGAAUCUCUCUACACGACACAAGACAGUGUUAAAAGUCAGGUUUUGGUUCUUCGCAGCUGUCUUUCAACUCAUCACAAACUCAUGUCUGAAGUGCGCAACCUCUUGAAGUCUAUGGUCAAGUUUGAAGACAGUGGACUUCAUGACUACUUGGUCAGCUACAGAGCGUACGCUGAGCAGUUUCCAAGCCUCAUCAGGGAACUGCUGUCUGAUGACUUCGACACUGACAAAGUUCACUCAGUGCUUGAAAGGAUCAAUCAUCUUGAGGACAUGACAGGGAUAAUAUACAAAGACCUGCUGGACUUGUCGAACCAGCUGCAGCGAGCUCAGGUCCCGGCACACUCAGCAGAGGACGCUGUGCCUGUGUCCGGCUCCAAGAGAGCUCCGCUUCUCCGGCAAAACAGCAUGUGCGUGUCGCCGAGCAAAGGGCUGCCAUCCGCAGCUGUCGAAAAGAACGAUAGGGAUCCGCAGACAGGAAAAGCCAUUCAGGAAAGAAAUGCCUAUGCUCUCGGUGUGUGGAGGCGAGUGAGGAUGAAACUUGAGGGUCGAGAUCCAGAUCCUGGGAGACGAGCCACAGUUCAAGAGCAGGUGGAUUUCAUAAUUCGAGAAGCCAUAAGCAUGGAUAAUUUAGCUCUGCUGUACGAAGGCUGGACACCAUGGGUAUGAAACAUAUGAUUGGUAGAAACGGAUCAGUCACUCGGAUCUGAGCCUGUUGCUCUGAGCAGAGAGGUCUCCGUGCUAACAAAGCGCCCAGGAGGAAAGGAAGAUAACACUCCGUGCACGGGCGUUCAAAAGAAAAUAAAUGCUAGAACGGAGCGAGUUUGCCACAGAAAGCUUACUUGCAGGAUCAGCAUAAUGCAUAAUUUGCAAAUGGCUGCUUAUUAUUCAGCUAUGAUAUAUCAUUAUAGGCCUUCAUUAAGUAACGUGGUGUUCCGAAGUAUGCAUUAUCACAUCUUUUGACAGAUUGCAACCUUCCUCUUGAUGUUUUGACAAGAUAAAUUAUUUAAGAAAUAAAAUGUCAUAAAUUAUGUUGUAAAAAUGAAUAUGGUUUUUGUAGCCAGGUAUUUGAAAUAUAUGUUGGAAGCAAAAAUAUUUUAAGUUUUUGACAUAAGUUAAAUUCAUUUGACUUAUAAUAUAAUUAAAAAGUACCUGUUUAUUUUUAAAUAUAAAAUCUUUGGUUAUGGUUGUAGUUAAAUUUACUUUUAUUAAAUUAAGUAACUUUUCAUUUUGGUGAAAAUAAGUUUUUUGUUUUUCAUGUUGAUGUUUUAUCAAGUAUGAACCACUACUUGUGUGAUAAUAUUGUUGUCUUUUAAUUACUACAUUCAUGCAUACUGAAAUUCUUUUCUUUCUCUACUCUUUGUGGCUACUAUGCGUGUCAACAUUGGAUAUUUUUUUUUAAAUAUUUUAUUGACAUGACCAGUGGUGACUUUGAAUAAGGUAGCAUUUCCCUUCUUUAUUUUUUUUAAGUUAAAUUUUUACCAAAAGAAAAUAUUUGUUGUUUGUGUUUUUAUUCUGUAAAAUAUAUUAAAGAAAUAUUAUAUAAUGUAUAUGCAGCUGAUCCUUAUAUUUUUAAGACACAGUUCUAAUGGGCAGGAAUAUUCAUUAGUUCUUCUGUAACCAAUUUUUUUUUAUAUAAAGUGUUGUAAUGCUAGAGAAUCGUGGCCACAAAUUACAUGCACACAAACCUUUUGAAUUUCAGCUGAGAUUUGGAAAAAAAAAAAAUUAAAUUUUGGAAGUACUUUGAUAAUAAAUUUGAAUGUGUUGAAUGUGUUAAUAUUUAUUUAUGGUAAUAGAUUAUUUGAAAAUAAGCAUCAUCUUAUUUUUGUCACUGUACAUUUUUGGUCAGUAUAUAUUUGCAUUAGUAUUUGGAACAGUAACCAGUAAAAUGGAAUGCUUUCAUAAUAUUUUUCAGAGACACAGAGAAAAAGAACAUUUUCAUUCUGAAAUUUAUUUUAAGCAGGUACUUAUUCAUUUUUAGAGCACUUUUUGAAAAUGAUUAUUAUCUUGAUUGUACACAUUAGGUCUGAAACAAUAUCACACAAACAACCUACCUUCAACUAGUCUUUGUGUACUUAAAUUCAAAACUGAACUGUGCCUCAUUUAUAUAUUCUUUAUUCCUGAAAUUCAGGAACAUGAUAUUUCUGAGCAUGUUGUUAUUCUCCUGACUUGUGGGUUCAGCAGCCUUUAUAAAAUAAGCAUAGAAGAGGUUUUUUUUGUCAUUUUAAAGGCAUUAGUUAAAGCUCUGGUAUGUAGUACUAGAUUUUUUGAUAUCCAUCCACAAGUCGUAUAUCAAUUUACAAUUUAAAUUCUGAUUUUAGGAUUUAGCUGGAAAUAUAGAAAUAUAAAGUGUGUGGGUUUUUUUUUUUAUACUAAAUUCACUGUUAGUACUUUCCUCUUAAAAUUAUAUCAAUUUAAAAAAUUUUUUGGUGCAUACAUAAGUAAUGCGCAACAGGCAACAUGGUUAUAUUUGUUUUAGUUAUUAGUGUUGUCAGAUUACUAAGUAAACCAGUUUACCAAGUUAAACCAGUUGGUGAAGUCACUUAAAAAUAAAGUUUUGUGGUAACUUUUAUUAACUAGUAGCAUAAAUAAAUAAGUUUUUUACAGGACAAUUUUUAUUUUAAUUUAUGCAUAAAAAAAGUUACCUGUCAUUUGUAUUAACAUUUAGGUAAUCAUUUAAUAAAUUAAGUACAUUCUCAUUAAAGUUAGUAAAUCAUCUUACUGGUGAGCUGACAAUGAAUCAUCUUUUCUAAACUUUUUGUCACAGCCAUACUCAACACAAUACUGAACCAUUUUUUAAUGUUUUGAAACAUAUGGUAACAUUUUUUAGUUAAACUUUCCAUUACAGUGGAAUGCUUAUGUCUGUUGGAAAAUGACAGGACAUUCUGUUAUGGAGUUAGUCGUUAAUAAGCAUUUAAGAAAUUUUAUCUGUACUAACGUGUGUCUUUAAAGUUAUUAUUAUUGUUCGUUUAUAUGAUAUUUUCAGAAAUUUUUAAAUAUCAGGAGUGAGUACCGUCUUCAUCUCAACAUAAAAUUUACAGACCUAAAUUUAUCCUUUGACAGGAAUCCAAGCCAUUUGUUCGCUCCAAAGAUGUGCUUAUCCUUUAAGAACAUCAGUCCACAAUGAACUCGGUAAUGAUCAAAAAGUGGAUGGACACCAUUUUAUAUACAGGUUAUAGAAAAAGGAAUUUGCAAGCUGAAUUUUCUUAAAGGAAAGGAGUUGCCGUCAACUCCGUUACUUCGUGGCAUUAAUUCAAUUUUGGAGAAGAAUCUCUCUGACUGCACUCGAGUCCAAGGCAUACGUACUACCCCUUACAUCGUUUUUCUCCGCUUUUCAUUGGGUCUCGCAUCCUUCAUGCCCAUCUCUUGCAAUAGUCGCUUGUCUUGCUUUCACUUCUUGUUCAGUCCAUUCAGCAGGUUUGACAGGACAUCACUCAGAUUUGUCUUGGCUUCAUACACCAUGUUGAUUUUUCUACUUUUUCUUUAAUUGUCUAUUUUCAUGAAGAAAUAUUUCAACAAAUAUUAUAGAAGCAAUUUUGUGUGCAUUACCCACCUGGGAAAUUCAGAAGCCAAACUUUUGGCAUGUGAACACAGCAGAAUUGUUCAUACUUAAAAUUUUUGCCUGACAUUGUGAUCACUCAUUAGUAGAGACCUGAAAAUGUAGGUUUUAUUUUUUUAAGAAAUAUGUGUUAUUUUUCUUUGAAAUAGGUGUUAUUUUCAUUGAAAAUAGGUGUUAUUUUUGUAUGGUAUUUGCCUUUUUUUUUCGUUAAGGAUGAAGAGUUGAUACAAUAAAAAAUCAUUACUACAUUCGAAAAACUGUUGAAUUCACAAAACUAAAAACAAAGUAUAAAACAACACACACAGAGUACAGAUGCAACCAUUUCACCAGCUAAGUAAAUAUUGUCAUUGUUUUAUCUACUUGCAAACACUCAAAAUUAGCUAUCAAAUGAAAGCAUGGUAAAUGUUUCUAUAUUCUCUUCUUUUUAAUUUUGUCUCCUGUCAGUAACCACCAAAUUGUAUUGACUAAGAAGGCGUUCGCUGUCAACAUUGUUGGUGGGCAGCCAAAUGGCCUUAAGUGCUGCCUUUGUGAAUACUUCAUGUUCCACUCCCAAAGCCAUCAGCAAUUUUGCUACAUUCGGUUCAUUUUCAUGUUUGACAGCAUCCUGAACAGCUUCUUUAAGGAAUUCGUAGCCUUUGUACCUAACUGAAUUGUCCACACCAUUAAAUGCAGGGAUGUUGUCAAAAACAGACAAAACACUUUUUGUUUUUUGUUUCAUUUAGCAAAAUGUUUUUGGGACUAAACAGCUUGCUAAUGGCUUUGAAGAUGUGUGCACUUGGAUCACUGUUCAUCAGACUUUGAAGUUUGGUCAUUGCAAGAGCUGAUGAGUUUUGACAUUUAUGUUUCACUUGUGCUUUGUCGCUUGUCGUAAGAGAUGAUUCUGACAUGAAAGUUUCAAAAGGGGAGUCAAAUAAAUACACCUUUUGAUGUGCCCUCGAAGCCUUUCAGUAAAUCACUCAAAUACCCGUAAAGGGAAUGUGCUGUCGGGUACUGCGAACCUUCAAGCUUUGUGAGAAGGCUUACAAUAUCAGCUGCGUGAGUUUUCACAAAUAUGCACUGAGCAAGAACAAUUGCCACAUCUUUUUCUGAAACACCAGCUACAUAGUGAAUACCACUAUUGUUGAUAGCCUUCAUUUCAUCUAGCUUGAAGAAAUUAACAAUAUCAACCAAAUAUUCUGCCAAAUAAAACACUGCUCUGAACCACGAGUUCCAGCGUGUUGUUACUGGCAUUGGAAACAAAUUUGCAGCUUUAGUUGUAUGUUCUGAUAGAUACUGCAAAUAAUGAUGUUUCCUUUUCCGUGUAUUAAGAAACGCAGUUUUCACCUUUACUACAGCCUCAUUUACUUCUUUCAGUCCAAUGGAAAAGCAAUUGCCUACCAAAGCUAGUUUGUGGGCCCAGCAUUGAACAUGGGCAACGUGCUCUCCAAAAAGGACCUGCAACGAUGUGACACAUUUCGUCAUGUAACGUGCUGAGUCUGUGACAAUUUCUUGAAUGUCCAUGAAAUUGACACUGUAUUUAUUAAUACACUCAAGAAUGGCCUGGGAACAUGUUGUAGCAUCUGCUUUCUCCAGAAUGUUUACUGCAGCUACCUUUACCACUGGAUCUGUUAAACUGUUUGACUGAAUCUUAAAAAGCACCACAAACACACAUCUCCCUUUGGAAUCCGUAGUCUCAUCACACAGAAUAUCAACACAUUUAUGCUGUGCUAAUUGUUUUAUUUCAUCGAAGUGUGCUUGUGCUAUCACAGGAACAUAUGUUUCCCUAAGAGAUCUAACGCAAGGCAAGUCUCCAGCCCCUAAAACAAACAUGUGAAGAAAAUGCAAUUAAAAUUCCCUAUUUUCUCAAUCCUUUACAGAACUACAUGCCUAGUUGUCACAGAUUUGAAAUUAAACUUACCUUCAAUAAACUCAUUCAUCCAUUCUCUUAAAUUAGGAUCAUCCAGGUUUUCCAAAGGAAUGUUGGCUUUUGAGAAAGCCUCAGUAGUUUUAACUGCAAGAUUGUCAACUGCCAAUUUCCUCCUUUUUGCACUAUGUAGGUUGGCAAGUACAGAUGUUUGAAUCAUACUUUUAUUUUCAGAAGAGUUUUGUUUUUUCGAAAGGUUGAUGUGUUUUUGUGUUUUUGUAUGUUUUAUCACGGCAUCUUUCUUUUCAUAUGAAAUUACACAGUUACAAAAACGGCACAUAAGAGUUUGAGAAUCAGAGGCAUAAAGUCCUUCACUUUUGAACUCGGCUGCUCGUUGCUGUACAUGCACCGUUGGUUUCGGCAUCGUGGACGCAAAAAUAACACACAAUGAAAACCUAGUCCUGGUACAUAAUAUUUUGAAUCUUUAUUUCUAGGUCAUUUUAACAGAUCAUGAGCUUGUUUCUAGAUAGUAGAACAAUUGCUACCACUGCUGUUUAUAAAGAAAAAGAAAAAUUCUUUCUGUAAGUACUAUCAUUUUACCGUAUUUGCCAACGAGUGAAAAAAGUAAACAAAACGUUUGCCCACAGAGUAGAUAACAUCCGCCUACAGUACAACCGUACUAACGUCUGCAUUCGUGCUCCAGUCCUUAUGUAACAAAAUACCUCAAAUGGAUUUAUAAAAAAUUUAUAAAAAAUAUCAAUUUCACAACCAUCGCCACUCUGCAGUACGCAUAAUACAAAACUAAAACAAACACCAAACAUCCAAGGAACCAAGAGCUAGUCUAGCUAGUUGGUUUGGUGUCUGUGCAGAGUGCGCGCAUGUUGUCUAACUUCGAUAGCUGGAUUGCAUACACCGUGCGUACUCUGUCUCGUGUCAAAAGAACUACAUUCAAUAGCUUGGCACGCACGUUGCCACGCAGUGUUUGUGGCAAAUGGCGAUAAUUACGCUUACGUGAUUUGGUUCUGCUUCACGACUUUUAUUUUCAUUGUAAUUGAUACUAAGAACGGGUUGCGUAAUUAUACGGUACUUUAAGUAAUUGCCUAAUUGGUUUAAUAUUAAGUAAAUGGCAGUCAAAUUGUACUAAUGAAAUUGAAAUAAAAAAAAUAGAACACCAAACAAAAUGCUAAAAUUCGCGUUUUUAGCACAAAAGACUGAAAUUCGCAUUAUUCAAAAUAAAAGGCCGAAAUUCGCGUUAUUUUUCGCUUUAUAGCAAAUGCUAUUUUUUCAGGUCUCUACUCAUUAGAAAUUGAAUUUUUGAGUGGCUGGGUAACACAUUUGUACCAAAUUGCUUCUGUGUAUAAUCUAAUUUUCUAAAUAUUCAUAAAUAUCUGCAGUUAAGAAAAACUAUAAUUUCAACAUGGUGUGUAAAGCCAAGCUAUUUGAGGAUGUGUCCAUCUUCUAAAAUAAAAUAAUUUUUCCUGCUCAUGCGCAAGUUGCCACUGGUCAGUGUUGUCAUAACAUUUUCAUUUGUACAUUGUUGAAUGAGGAGGGUGAAACAUGUGUCUUGGUAGAUGUGUAUUUACUAUUUCUUUAAUUUCUGUUUAAUUUGAAAAAAAAAAACAGGAUACGUGUAGCUUUCACAUAAAGAUGUCAAGUUAAGCAAAUGUCCAUGGUGUGGUGACAGUUCUGCUAACUCCUUGCUGGUAACUGACGUGAAGUGGUUUCUUAGUAAGCAAUAUGUGUGACCAUGACUGCCUGUGACAUAAUUAUAAUGACAUUUUCAUUUUGUGGUGGUUGUUAUUAGUAAUAGCAAGAGGAAGGAACUCUGUUGUUUACCAUCUUGAAUCGAUCCAUAUGAUCAAUGCUCUUUACUCCAAGGCCUAUUUUUGAGUGGUAUCAACUUGUGAUUAGUUCCACAAGGAAGCAAACGAGCCCAUCAUUUUGCAAACCUUGUACUUAACUUAAUAGUAUGAAAAUGGUUUCAUGGUGAAAAGGAAACAUAUUAAAGAAUGUUAAUAACAUCCAGCAUUGGAAAGUGGAUUCAGUUUUAGUAACAUACAAAAUAAAGAAGAUAAUUUCUACAUGCUUUUGCCAUGUUGGAUGGUAAAAUAUGUGUAAAAUUAUCUAGCUAUUUGUGUAUUGUACUCAGCAUAAGUGGUGUACUAUAUAAUCUUUUCAGAAAUAAUGCUAUUUUGCCGUUAUACAGUAAACAGAUCUUCCAAACUGUAGUAGCCCUUACAUAUUUAUAGCUGGGUAUUGACAUUUAAUUUUUGGCUAUGUGAAUAUAUUAUUUUUGAGUUUUGUUCCCAAGCAGUCUUUCUUGUGGACCAAUUUGUAUCUGAAUAAGUGAGCAUUGCAAAAAAAUAUUAGUUCUCUUUUUGUAAUAAAUUUUGUAACUUGAUUUCUUUGGAUCUUAAAAUUCACUUAUCUUAAAUGAGAAUAUUUGUGAAUUUUUUUUUUCAUUUUGGACAUAAGAUUUGAACUGGCUGUAAUGGAACAUAAUGACAUUAAUUAUGAAGUUGUGAGGGGUAACUUGUUCAUAUUCAGGAUGAGAUGGCAUGUCACAAUGUUAGUGUUACAACUUACGUUGUAUUCCUACUGGAAGUUAGCUUUUGUUUGAUAGAAUCAAAACACAAAUAUUGAUGCUAAUUUUGCUUUAUUGAUUGCUAAUAACCAGGAUAAAUGUUUGUGUUAGGUUUUAAUAAUUCCAUAAAUCUCCCUUUCCUCAAAGGAGAAUUGCUGUGUCAGUAUGUAUUGCGAACUACAAUUGGAGCAGCAUGCAAGGCAUAAUAACAGCUAUAUUUCUAGCAUGCCUACUUUCUUUUUAGUUAUCAACGGAUAAGUUAUUUGGUAUUUCUGUGGGAACUGUACAAUAAGUUGCUACUUCAGGAGAUGUGAUUUCCACCUAAGUACUAUAAUUAUUUACUUUUGUAUACCCUGUCCAAAUUAUGAUUUCAUUGCCUUAAAAUGCAGAAAUAAAAUAGCUAAUCAUUUCACAAACCGAUUAUAAAUAUAUAGGCUAUUAUAUGUUAGUUUCUAAAUGGUAUUUUAUGCAUUUUGACUCGGUGACAAUUAUAGAAAGUUAUGGGAAAUUUAUAAAUUAAAAGUCCAUUUACAAUCAUUAAUAUUUUUAUACCACACUACUUACAGCAUUUACAUCAUAAACUGUAUUGUGCAGAAUUUUUAAGUAAUAAUAACUUUCCUAAUAGCACAUUAUAGUUCAAACAUAUUAGUGAACAGGUUUUCUUCUUAAAUAUAAUUCAUCAUGACUAUAUAAACUGAAAAUUUAUAAAGGAAAUAAACUGAAUGUUACAUUGUUGAAAUAGUUGGAUCUCUUAAAAUAUUUUGAAAAAAAA